UCUAAACAAUUUUCUAAGGGAUGGUGCCUUCAGGGUGCAUAGUGUCAUUCAUGUUUGUGAGGUUUGGUUGCUAUAGAGUUUAGAGGUUGAAGAACAUUGAAAAUGAUGUGUGCAAUUUAAAAGAUAAAGGAUGAGAUCAUAAGAUUGAGAGAAAGUGGAGAGUUAGAUGACUUUUGAGAUAUGUGAAAAGGGAAGAAUUUGCUGAGCGCGGGUUCAUUCACUAUGGAAUCCUGCAAUUGUAUUGAUCCGCAAUGGCCAGCUGAUGAAUUGUUGAUGAGAUACCAGUAUAUCUCAGAUUUCUUCAUUGCCCUUGCUUAUUUCUCGAUCCCUCUCGAGCUUAUCUACUUUGUUAAGAAAUCAGCAGUGUUUCCAUAUAGAUGGGUCCUUGUUCAGUUUGGUGCUUUCAUAGUUUUAUGUGGAGCAACACAUCUAAUUAAUUUGUGGACCUUCACAAUCCAUUCAAGAACUGUGGCAGUUGUAAUGACCAUUGCUAAAAUUUUAACCGCUGUGGUGUCAUGUGCCACCGCCCUUAUGCUUGUACAUAUUAUUCCUGAUUUAUUAAGUGCUAAGACUAGAGAAAUGUUUUUGAAGAACAAGGCUGCUGAGCUUGAUAGAGAAGUUGGCCUGAUUCGGACGCAGGAAGAAACUGGUCGACAUGUUAGGAUGUUGACUCAUGAGAUUAGAAGCACACUUGACAGACACACAAUACUGAAAACGACUCUUGUUGAACUGGGUAGAACUUUAGGACUGGAGGAGUGUGCCUUAUGGAUGCCGACACGUACGGGGUUGGAGCUUCAACUGUCAUACACGUUGCGGCAGCAGAAUCCAGUUGGAUAUACAGUACCCAUUCAUCAUCCUGUGAUCAACCAAGUAUUUAGCAGCAACCGUGCGGUAAUAAUUUCACCUAAUUGUCCUGUUGCCAGAUUGCGACCUCACACUGGAAAAUACAUAGCUGGGUCAGUAGUAGCUGUUCGGGUUCCUCUCCUACAUCUUUCUAAUUUCCAAAUAUAUGAUUGGCCUGAGGUUUCAACUAGAAACUAUGCACUGAUGGUAUUGAUGAUUCCAUCAGAUAGUGCCAGGCAAUGGCACGUGCAUGAGUUAGAGCUGGUUGAGGUAGUUGCUGAUCAGGUAGCCGUUGCUCUUUCGCAUGCUGCAAUCUUAGAAGAAUCAAUGAGGGCAAGGGAUCUGCUAAUGGAGCAGAAUAUUGCACUUGAUCUGGCAAGAAGAGAAGCAGAAACUGCAAUUCGGGCUCGCAAUGAUUUUUUGGCUGUUAUGAAUCACGAGAUGAGAACUCCCAUGCAUGCAAUUAUUGCACUAUCUUCAUUGUUACAGGAAACAGAGCUGACUUCUGAGCAGCGACUGAUGGUGGAGACAAUAUUGAAAAGCAGCAAUUUAUUGGCUACUUUGAUAAAUGAUGUUUUGGAUCUUUCACGGCUUGAAGAUGGCAGUUUUCAACUUGAAGCAGCAACAUUUAAUCUCCAUUCAUUGUUUAGAGAGGUCCUUAACCUGAUUAAGCCUGUUGCAUCUGUUAAAAAGUUGUCACUCACUUUACAUUUAGCAUCAGAUUUGCCAGUGUAUACCAUUGGUGAUGAAAAGCGUCUGAUGCAAACUAUGCUGAAUGUUGUUGGUAAUGCCGUGAAAUUCUCAAAAGAGGGCAGCAUUUCCAUCACUGCUUUUGUUGCAAAGCCAGAAUCCUUCAGGGAUAUCCGAACUCCUGACUUCCUACCAGUGCCAAGUGAUGGCUACUUUUAUUUGCGAGUACAGGUAAAAGAUUCAGGAUCAGGAAUUAAUCCACAAGAUAUCCCAACGUUAUUCACUAAGUUUGCACAAAACCAAUCACCAGCAGCAAAAAGUUCUGCUGGAAAUGGACUUGGCCUUGCAAUUAGUAAGAGGUUUGUAAAUCUCAUGGAAGGGGAUAUUUGGAUUGAAAGCGAAGGUAUUGGUAAAGGAUGUACAGUUACCUUUGUCGUAAAACUUGGGAUUCCAGACCGAUCAAAUGAAUUUAAACUACCAUUUGCACCUAAAGUUCCAGUAAACCAUGGAUCUGCAAACUUUGCAGGGCUCAAAGUACUUGUCAUGGAUGAUAAUGGGGUUAGCAGGACAGCAACAAAGGGACUUCUUGUGCAUUUAGGAUGUGAUGUCACCUCUGUAAGCUCAAGCGAGGAAUGCCUGCGUGCUGUUCCUGCAGAACACAAAGUGAUCUUCAUGGAUGUUAGUACAGGGUUAGAUGGUUAUGAACUAGUGGUACGAGUAAAAGAGAGGUUUCCGAAACGCCAAGAUAGACCACUAAUAGUUGCUCUUACGGGAAACACCAGCAAGGUGACAAAAGAGAACUGUAUGAGAGUUGGUAUGGAUGGCCUUAUAUUGAAACCUGUUUCUGUUGACAAAAUGAGGGGUGUUUUAUCAGAACUCUUGGAGCGGGGAGUUCUAUUUGAAACUGUUUAAACUGCCAGAAUUGGUUCUUCAUGUAGGAAAUGUUUUCUGUUGUACAUAGUAAAAUCAAAUUUGCAGAAAUACAAAUUUAUGAAACAGCGAGGCACUUGACAUGAAUUGUCAUCCUUGUUGCCAUUGUGGGAACUUAGGGGAAAAUAAUAGUGGCUGAGUCUGGAUUGUUAUAUCCAUUUUUGUGAAUAAAAGAUUAUUUAUGUUUA